AUGAGCCGUGAGUUAGAUGCUAGGAUAUAUAAAUGCUAUAUAUAUUUAUUUGAUGGGUUCUAUUCCCUUCUCUUCUUCAACAGAGGUCCACCUCCCGUAUCUGCUCCUCGCAAACUCCUGGAAUCCCCGGCGCAUGAUGUCCCGGAGUUCCUGCAUCUCCCCGCGUAUGGACUCGGAUACUUGCGCAAGCUUCCUCGCCAUGGAUUCCGAUUCCUGCUCAACCUUCUGCUGAAGCUCCCUUCGCCCCUAGCGACCCUCGAUCUGGAGCAGGUUUUGCGACUCCUUGAGCUAGCCAAUAUCUGCCAGGAUCACGCUGCGGUCAUCUCCAAUGGCACGAAGCUACUGGUCGUGCUCGACAAGACGAUCCAGGACCUCCCGUAUCUGCUGCCUUGUAGCGUCGUCGGCGACCUCUGUUGA